AUGCCUCGGAAAAUCGGGGAAAUCAAGGACUUUCUACUCACAGCCCAAUGGAAGGAUGCCAGAUCUGUCAAGAUCAAGAACAAGGAUAACGGAAAGGUCAAGAUUCACUGUAUCAGGUACCUUUACACCCUGGUUGUCACAGACAAGGAGAAGGCCGAGAAGCUGAAGCAGUCCCUGUCCUCAGGUUUGGCAGUGAAGGAGCUGAAAUGA